AAACGCUAACGUGAGUCAACGUCGAUAACUGGAUGAGCUACACUAAGUCUGCCAGAAUGUACAUAUCGAGCGGCUAUUGACCAAGAAAAGAUUAAAUCAAUUCUCCAAGUAUCAGUCUAGUUAAACAAGUUGCAACCGUAGAUGACUCCAUAAGUUCCGCACGCUGGUACUAUAUAUCCAUGAUUGGGUCGUUACCGUUAUCAUUUGUGAUCGAGAGCAUCAGACCGAAAAUGUCGUCGGGCAGAAUGUGUAUUGUUGUGCUAUUGACAAGUAUUCUACUGACGUCAGUUGCACCUAACCAACGUGAUAGUGCCUGCCCUCCCCAGUGCUCAUGCAUCGCGUUCCAAGUUGUGUGUGACCAACAAUGUUUUAAUCAAACUCAGAUGUCAAGCGUAUUUGAUAACAUCAACGACCAUGCGAUUGAGAUCUUGGUCACCGGAAACGUCUUUCCCAAUAUGACCGAAGAACUGUUCUGGUAUAACAAGGAAAGCGUUCGAAGUCUUGACAUAUCGAACAACAGUAUUCAAAUAUUGUCGAGCAGAACUUUCCAGUUUCUGAGCAAUCUUGAAACACUCCAUAUGGCAGACAACACGAUUUCUAUGAACCCGAUUAGUCUCUUCAGAAAGGUUCCCGGUGUAAAAGAUGUUUCCAUGCGAAGCGCCUUCCAGAGUAUCAGCAACGGAUCUUACAUAGUGCCGAACUUGACAGAAAUCUUUCUUGACGUAGACUUAAAUUCUUUGCGAUACUUAGAUUUAUCUGGUAACAACCUUUCGGUAAAUGGCGGAUUCCGUAGUCUGUGUAACGCAAGGCAGCUAAAACUACUGAAAUUAAGUAAUGCUGGCUUGCGAAGUCUUCGCUUUAACACUGACUGUUUCUCACAAAUAACGGAGAUUGAUAUAUCGCUGAACGAGAUUGACUACCUUGAUGCAGAGGAUAGAAGCGCACUGGAGGCGAUGCCUAAAUUAUCGAUGUUGAACAUAUCACUUAAUCCGUUUCGCUGCGACUGCAUAGCCAAGGGUUUUAUCACGUGGUUACAGAAUAAAUCGCUGAGUUUUAACGUGGUAGACAAAGAUCGUGUAACAUGUUCCGGCGUGUCACUAUACAAUAUAAAUGUUGCUGAGAUUGGUUGCAAUUCGUUAUUGGGAAUGUCAAUCGUUAACGGGCGUUUAACGUCGUGGGGUCUUCUCUCACUUUCGGUCGUUGUCAUGAUCAGCGUUAUGAUUAUAAUUGGAAUCAUAGUUAAACACAAAACAACGUUGGCUCGUAAAAGCUAUCGGCUGCUGAAACACUUGCGGAGAAAUGACUAUAGAUCGCUAGGAAUAGAAGAACAAGAGUUCGAGGAAGAUGUGAUGAUUUAUGCAGUUUAAGUGAUAACAAAAUGUACAGUAGCUACAGUUCAUCUUAUUUAUCUACGUUCAUCUUAUUUACCUACUCCUUGGUUUAUUUUCAAUUGAAAUGUGCUAAUUAUUGUACUGUCAUAUCGAUAAUAAUAAAAAACAAACGUGGAAGACUGCAACCAGAUUUUAUGGAUAUUCACAUGGAUAGAUUGUUAAUUUGUUGUCAUACCAA